AUGAAAUAUCAUAAUUCAACUCAGGAUAACAAUUCAACAUCUGCCGCCGAUUUUAUUAAGUUUGUGAAUAAUUCUCCAUCGCCAUUUCAUGCAGUUGAAGAGGCAAUAAUACGUUUAAAAGAAGCAAAAUAUGAGGAAAUUAAAGAAUGUGUUAGCUGGAGGGGAAAAUUAAAGAAGGAGGGAAAAUACUAUUUUACUAGAAAUAGAAGUACUAUUGUUGCUUUUGCUAUAGGUGGUAAAUAUGAACCUGGAAAUGGAUUUUCUAUGGCUGGGGCUCAUACCGAUUCCCCUUGUCUAAAGGUUAAACCUAUUUCUAAAAAAGUAAAAGAAGGAUAUUUACAAGUUGGGGUUGAACCUUAUGGAGGUGGUCUUUGGCAUACUUGGUUUGAUCGUGAUCUAAGCGUUGCGGGGAGAGUGAUGGUCGAGACAGAAAAAAACAAAUUUGAACAUAAGUUAGUUAAGGUCGAAAGGCCAAUUCUUCGUAUUCCUACAUUAGCUAUCCACUUGGAUAGAGAUGUACGUGAAGGAUUUAAAUUCAAUAAUGAAGUUCAUUUAACUCCACUGAUCGCAACCGUUUCAAAUAAAUUGGCAGAAAAUAAUGAGAAGCAUCAUCCUGCACUGCUCGAUAUUCUUGCUCAAGAACUUAAAUGCAAAGUAAAUGAGAUCCAUGAUUUUGAAUUGUGUCUUUAUGACACACAACCUUCAACUAUUGGGGGCGCUUACGAAGAAUUCAUUUUCUCUGCCCGUUUAGAUAAUUUGAUGAUGUCGUACGCAUUAUUGAUUGGAUUGAUUAAUAGCACAAAAAAUAUUUCUGAAUCUUUAUGUGAUGAUUCAAAUAUUCGUUUAAUUACUUUAUUUGAUAACGAAGAAAUUGGAAGUACAACUGCUCAUGGAGCUAAUUCUCUUCUUUUAGAAACAACCUUGAGACGUAUAUGUAGCGCUUUUGCUGAACCUGGUUAUGAUACUAUAUUUGAAGAAACAAUUCAUAAGAGCUUUAUGAUUAGUGCUGACAUGGCUCAUGCGGUUCAUCCAAACUAUUGUGAAAAACAUGAAGAGAAUCAUCGUCCACAGAUGAACCAGGGAGUAGUUAUUAAGACUAAUGCUAAUCAGGCGAGUGAUUUAAUACAAUAUCACAGAUAUGCAACUACAUCUGUAACUUCUUUGAUAUUAAGGCAAGUCGCAAAAAAAUAUAAAGUACCAUUACAAGAUUUUGUUGUUAGGAAUGAUUCUCCAUGUGGUUCAACUAUUGGUCCUAUGAUUAGUGCCAAUCUUGGGUUGAGGACAUUGGAUAUCGGAAAUCCUCAAUUGAGUAUGCAUUCCAUUAGAGAAACUGCUGGAACUAAGGACGUUGAUCAUGCUAUCAAGUUAAUCAAAGCAUUUUUUGAAGAUUUUGCAGAGAUUGAUCGGAAUAUUACUGUUGAUUAA